CCGUCCCUUCUGCUUUUAGUCCCGCCCACGGGCCUUUGGGUUCCCUAUUGCUGUUGCGCCGCCGCUGGCUGCUGUCCCAGGACUCCACCAUGGAAAAGACAAUAGAUGAGCCCCCCACAUCAGCUGUGUUGCUGGAGCACUGCAGUUUCUCUCAGGUGGUGUUUAGCAGUGUGGAGAAGUUCUAUGUCCCUGGAGGAGAUGUCACAUGCUAUUACAGCUUCACCCAACAGUUCGUCCCUCGUCGCAAGGACUGGAUCGGCAUCUUUAAAGUGGGGUGGAAGACAACCCGGGAGUAUUACACCUUCAUGUGGGUUGCCUUGCCCAGUGACCUCAACAAGGAGUCAACCAAGCAGCAGGAAGUCCAAUUCAAAGCCUACUAUCUGCCCAAGGAUGAUGAGCAUUACCAGUUCUGCUAUGUGGACCAAGAUGGUGUGGUCCGGGGAGCAAGUAUCCCUUUCCAGUUCCGUCCAGAAACUGAGGAGGACAUAGUGGUUGUUACCACUAAGGGAAAGGUGGAAGAGAUUGAGCAACACAAUGAGGAGCUUCUCCAGGAAAACCAGGAACUGAAAGACAGCUGUGCCAGCCUCCAGAAGCAGAACUCAGAUGCCCAGGCCGAGCUCCAGAGCAAACAGGAGGCACUGGAGGCACUGCAGAGCAUCAAUAAGAAGUUAGAACAGAAAAUGGAAGAGCAGAAGGCCUGUUGGGAGACUGAGCUGCUCCAGCUGAAAGAAUACAACCAGAAGAUAUCCUCUGAAAACGAGAAGAUGGGGCUCAGAGUAGAACAGCUUCAGGCCCAGCUGUCAACUCAACAGAAAGAAAUGGAGGAGCUUGUUCUAAGAGACCAAGACAAGACAGAGCAGCUGCAACGUCUCAAAAAUGAGAAUAGCCAGCUCGUGCUCAGUUUAACUGAACAGAAGGAGCAGAAGAUGAAGCUUGAACAGACAGUGGAAAACAUGAAGAAGAAAGAAACUAUGGCAAGGAAGAAACAACAGGAGCUAAAGGACGAGAACUUCGCCCUGUCAAGAACGCUAAGUGACAACAAGAUUGUAUCUGAUGUUCUGAAGAGAGAGAAAGAGAAACUGGAAAGAGAAAAUGAUAUCCUGAAGAAAGAGAACAACAGGCUGGUGGACUACAUGGGUCUCCACAGUGACUCUUCACCAGAUCAAACGCAGUCUUCAGAUCAAGGAGCUGGUAGGCAAAACCCAGGCCUUGUGUACGGAAACCCAUAUUCUGGUAUCCAAGAAAGUUCUCCUCCUCCCAGCCUGCAUGCUGCCGUCCAUGCUGAUAAAGUCCGUGAGCAGACCCCGAAGAAGCAGCAAAUGCAGAUCAGUUGUUUGAAUUGUCCAGUUUGUGGCGAAGUCUUUCCACCGACAGAGGAGCAGGUCUAUGAAGACCAUGUAUUCUGCCACUCUCUCUGAGUGUCCCCGCCCGUGGGUCUAUGCUGCAUCAGAUUUCAGAGUGCAGAACAGUUUCUGCUGUGAGCUAUCUGAGAAGACGAGGCUGUGUACCGGGAAGUCACUAGGGACUCACUAGGCUGAUGCCUGCAAAGGAGGGAUGCGCCCACUGUCUGUGGGUAGCGUUGACAGCGGCUGUGUCUGCCCUGUCCAUGUCCUCACUGCAGCCUUUCUCCUCAGUCUCCAGGACAGGGCCUGCUGACUCACAGAGCUGACCCACACUAAGUCACUGUCUUCCUGCUGUCCCUCUGCAUUCCCAGUUGGGGCGUGAGUGCCUUGGUGCCAGUCCUAACCCAGAGGGAGGAACAGGACUGGAAGGAGAGAGUUUCUUCACUUUCACUUCACUCAGUCCUUUCUUCAACCAAUUGCCUCAAAUUAUCCCAAAAUGGUACAGCAGAUUCCAAAGAUUUAUCAGCUUCCAAAAGCUACAAUUUUUUUUUGUUCUAUUUUUGAAGACAAGGCCUGACUAUAGCCCUGGCUGGCUUGGAACUCUCUGUGUAGAAGAGAUCUAGUGCUGGCCUCUAAGGCGUGCACCACCACGCCUGCUGAGAAGUGUCCUCAUUUCUAGCAGGAUGUGACGAUGUGGAGCUAUAUUCCAGCAGUUGAGCAGUUGAGGCAGGAGGAUUAUGAGUUCAAAGCCACUUGGACUACAUAGUGAGGCUUUCUCUCAGGAAAAAUGGGGAGGGCCAGGGAAAUGGCUUCUUUCUAUCUAAAUACUUCUGAUUGGCAUUUUCUGAUCCUUUCUAUACACACAACAUGUAUUAUGAUGUCAUAUAUAGGGAGAGAUGGUUUUCUUUUCCUUACUCUGGCUGACCUGGAAUUCACUGUGUAUCCCAGGCUGGCCUGGAACUCUGCAAUCCUGCUGAAUCACCUUCCUAAGUAUUGAGGCUCUGGGCCUGAGCCACUGCUCCCAGGCCAUUAGUCUCUUAGUGAGAAUUAAGAAUAAUUAGGAGGUAUAUGGGCUUUCAGCUUUCUCAAUAGUUAAUUGUUUAUAUGAAUGUAAGAAUAAUGACUAUUGUUAAUCUCUUACUAUUCAAAAUAAAUUACUCUUUUUAAGGAA